AUGGGACAGACUAUCUCAACCCCUUUGGACUUGACUUUAGCUCACUGGACUGACGUUAAGAGCCGAGCUCAUAGUUUAUCUGUUGAAAUAAAGAAAGGAAAAUGGCAAACUCUAUGUGAGGGAGAAUGGACUAUGUUUAAUGUUGGAUGGCCCCGAGGAGGGACCUUCAACCCAGAUCUUAUCCAGGCUGUUAAACGGAUCAUCUUGCAGGAGCCCGGAGGCCACCCCGACCAGAUGCCUUACAUUUUUACUUGGCAGGAUCUUGUCCAAGACCCGCCUUCCUGGUUGAAGCCCUGGAUUCCUCCCCAACCCACUAACAGUAGCCCCUCGGGGGAUUCAAAAGUUCUCGUUGCAGGACCCCCCCGGAAGGAAAAGAAGAUUUACCCGGACAUUCAGACGGAGCUCCUUCUGGAUUCACCACCUCCUUACCCGCCAACCCACACCCCCACAGCUCCUCUUCCUGCCCCCUCACAAGAAGGGAUACAGGGGGGCCCAGCCACGGGGACCCGGAGUAGACGAGCUCUGUCUCCUGAUACUACCAUUGCCCUACCACUUAGGGCCAUAGGACCCCCACCCCCUUUAGGACCAGGAGAUGACCCAACUCAGAGACCUCUACCACCCCUACAAUAUUGGCCUUUCUCCUCUGCAGACCUUUAUAAUUGGAAGGCCAACCACCCUCCCUUCUCGGAGGACCCCUCAAAAUUAACUGCACUCAUGGAAUCCCUAGUUUUCUCCCACCAGCCCACAUGGGACGAUUGCCAGCAGCUACUCCAGACCCUCUUCACGACUGAGGAGAGAGAACGUAUCCUGCUGGAGGCCAGAAAGAACGUCCCUGGUGACGACGGGCGCCCAACCCAACUCCAGAACGUUAUAGAUGACGGGUUCCCCCUGAUCAGACCCAACUGGGACUUCAACACCCCUGACGGUAGGGAGCAUCUCCGAAUCUAUCGCCAGGCUCUGGUGGCUGGUCUCCGCGGGGCUGCAAGACGCCCUACCAAUUUGGCCAAGGUAAGGGAAGUCAUUCAGGGACCUAAUGAGGUCCCCUCUUUGUUCCUUGAGCGCCUCAUGGAGGCCUAUCGUAGAUAUACGCCCUUUGACCCUAUGGCAGAGGAACAAAGGGUUUCAGUACUGAUGUAUUUUGUAGAUCAGUCGGCGCCAGAUAUUAGAAAAAAAUUACAAAGACUCGAUGGGUUAAGCCGUUAUACUCUGUCAGAUUUAGUCAGGGAAGCAGAAAAGGUUUAUAAUAAAAGAGAAACUGAAGAAGAAAAAGAGGAGAGAAGGGCAAAAGCGCAGGAAGAAAGGGACUAUAAACGUGAUAAGAGACAUGAGAAAAACAUGACUCGAAUUCUGGCCGCCGUAAUCCAGGAUAGAAAAGACACAGGAAGACCUAGGGAUACUAGGCAGAAGCAAAACCUGGGCAACAGGCGCCAAUUAGAAAAGGACCAAUGUGCCUAUUGCAAAGAAAAGGGACACUGGAUUAAAGACUGCCCCAAAAAGAAACCAAAAGAGGUUCUGACCCUAGAAGAUGAUGAAUGAGGGGGACGGGGCUCGGAUCCCCUCCCCGAGCCUAGGGUAACUUUGAAGGUGGAGGGGAAACCCAUCCGGUUCCUAGUGGACACUGGUGCCCAACAUUCGGUCCUACUGAAACCAGAAGGACCCCUUUCUAACAAGAAAUCGUGGGUGCUCGGGGCUACUGGAAAUCAACAAUUUUCAUGGACUACCCGAAGAACGGUGGACCUAGGCGUGGGCCGGGUAUCCCACUCGUUCCUCGUGAUUCCAGGCUGCCCCGCUCCCUUAUUAGGGCGAGACUUAUUAACAAAAAUAGGAGCCCAAAUUACCUUCACGAAGAAGGGCCCCCAAGUAACUGACCAACAUGGGGAAAUUAUCCAUGUUUUAACUAUGAAACUAGAAGAUGAACAUAGGCUGUUUGAAAGGCCUCAGACCAAUGCAGACAUUAGCAAAUGGCUCACCAAAGUCCCGGGAGCAUGGGCCGAGACUGCCGGGAUGGGAUUGGCCACCCAUCAACCGCCAAUAAUUGUUAAUCUAAAGGCUUCUGCAACACCUGUCUCGGUACGUCAAUACCCCAUGAGUCAGGAGGCCAGAGAAGGAAUAAAACCUCACAUAAUGAGGCUCUUAGAAUUAGGAGUCCUAAAAAGGUGCCAAUCUCCCUGGAAUACCCCUUUGCUACCAGUGCGCAAGCCAAAUACCAAUGACUAUCGCCCAGUUCAGGACUUAAGGGAGGUUAAUAAGAGGGUUGAAGACCUACACCCAACUGUGCCUAACCCCUAUAACCUCCUGAGUUCACUACCUCCGGACCGAGACUGGUACACAGUUCUGGACCUAAAAGAUGCUUUUUUCUGUCUGCCACUGCAUGAAAAAAGUCAACCUAUCUUUGCCUUUGAAUGGAAGGACCCAGACUCCGGAAUCUCCGGACAGCUGACUUGGACUAGGUUGCCUCAAGGAUUCAAAAAUUCACCCACCAUCUUUGACGAGGCACUUCACCAGGACCUGGCCUCCUUCCGAACCUCAAACCCCCAGGUAACUCUCCUCCAAUACGUUGACGACUUACUCCUUGCGGCUGGAACCCAAACUGAAUGUGAACAGGGAACAAAGGCACUAUUAGAGGAACUGGCCCGCCUGGGUUACCGCGCCUCGGCGAAGAAAGCCCAACUCUGCAAAAGGCAAGUAACCUACUUGGGGUAUUCCCUGAAAGGAGGGCGGAGAUGGCUAACGGAAGCACGUAAACAGGCUGUGGAACAGAUCCCAGUGCCUGCAAAUGCCAAACAAGUACGGGAAUUCCUGGGAUCUGCAGGAUUUUGUAGACUGUGGAUACCGGGGUUCGCCGCCCUGGCAGCCCCCCUUUACCCCUUGACCAAGACGUCUGCAGCUUUCCAAUGGGGAGAGGAACAACAACAGGCUUUUGACGACAUCAAGCGUGCCCUCUUAAAGGCACCCGCUCUCUCCCUUCCCGACACCUCCAAGCCAUUCUACUUGUAUAUACAUGAGCAGAAAGGCAUUGCAAAAGGGGUACUGACCCAGAAACUAGGGCCCUGGCGAAAGCCAGUGGCCUAUUUAUCAAAAAAAUUGGAUCCUGUGGCCGCUGGGUGGCCCCCUUGCCUUAAGAUUAUUGCCGCUGUGGCUUUACUUUUGAAGGAUGCUGAUAAAUUAACUCUGGGGCAGACUGUCACAGUCAUUGCAUCCCAUGCACUGGAGAGUGUCAUCCGCCAGCCUCCAGACCGAUGGCUCUCAAACGCCCGAGUCACCCACUACCAGAGUCUCCUCCUUAACUCGGAUAGAGUCAAGUUUGCACCCCCCACUCAACUGAAUCCGGCUACCCUCUGGCCAGACCCCGACUCCACAGUAAUCCACAGCUGUGGGGACAUCUUGGCUGAGGCUACCGGAACGAGACCUGAUCUGACGGACCAGCCACUACCGGAUGCCAAGGUAACCUGGUUCACUGAUGGCAGUAGUUACCUCCUUGAAGGUAAGCGGAUGGCGGGGGCGGCAAUUGUGGACGGAGACAGGGUGAUUUGGGCCAUCAGACUGCCUGAAGGGACUUCAGCCCAGAAGGCCGAACUAAUUGCAUUAACCCAGGCCCUAAAUAUGGCAGAAGGAAAAAAAGCUACCAUAUAUACGGACAGCCGGUAUGCUUUUGCAACUGCACAUGUACAUGGUGCCAUAUACCAACAGAGAGGAUUAUUAACCUCUGCCGGAAAAGAAAUUAAAAACAAACAAGAAAUUUUAGAUUUACUCGAUGCCCUGCAUCGGCCGGCCAAGCUGGCCAUAGUCCAUUGUCCGGGGCACCAGAAAGGAAACUCUCUAGUGGCAAGAGGAAACAGGAUGGCUGAUGUAGAGGCCAAAAAGGCUGCUCAAGGAGCGUAUCUGCUCCCCUUAGUUGAAAAAGAAACUGGCCCCCCAGAGUUACAGCCUUCAGAAUAUACUGAACAGGACCUAAAAGAUAUGACUAGGAUACAAAAGAAAUUUAAUAAGGACACCCAAAGAUGGGAGACAGAAGAAGGAAAACAUAUCCUACCUAGACAACAAGCAGAAUCCACUCUGCAACAGCUACAUAGGCUAACUCAUUUUGGAGCUAGAAAAUUAAUAGAAACCUUCAAAAAGACUGACUGCCACAUAAUAGGACUCAAAGAAAUGGCUGAGAAACUGGUAAAACAAUGCAUCCCAUGUCAAAAAGUAAAUGCCCAGACCUCCCAGACGGACCCUGGAAAGAGACUUCGCGGAGAUCGACCAGGCUUAUAUUGGGAGACUGAUUUCACUGAGCUGAAACCUGCUCGCUACGGGAAUAAAUAUCUUCUAGUUUUUAUAGACACAUUCUCUGGAUGGGUGGAAGCCUAUCCCACUAAGAAAGAGACUGCCACAAUGGUAACCAAAAAACUUUUAGAAGAAAUCAUCCCCAGAUAUGGGGUACCUCAGGUAAUAGGCUCAGACAACGGUCCUGCCUUUGUUGCCCAGGUAAGUCAGGAGGUGGCCAGAACUUUGGGGAUCAAUUGGAAAUUACAUUGUGCUUAUAGACCCCAGAGCUCAGGACAGGUAGAAAGAAUGAAUAGAACAUUAAAAGAGACCAUAACUAAAUUGUCCUUAGAGACUGGCUGUACAGAUUGGGUGAUGCUCCUUCCGUGGGCCCUCUUCCGAGUUCGCAACACCCCUUACAAGUUUAACCUAACUCCUUUUGAGAUUUUAUUUGGUGUCCCAACCCCACUUAAUAAGUUGUUAAUGCAGAACCCAGAUAUAAUUUCUUCCUCUGAUCUGAACCACAGGCUCCAGGCGCUAUAUAUCCUCCAAAAGGACUUAUGGCCAAAACUGAAGGAGAGCUAUCUGCCUGCUAAGGACCCAGCCCCGCAUUCAUACCAGCCGGGGGACUCAGUCUACGUGAGGCGACACCGACCCUCAAACCUUGAACCUCGUUGGAAAGGGCCCUUCACGGUACUCCUGACGACACCCACCGCCGUGAAGGUAGACGGGAUAGCUGUCUGGAUCCACGCAUCCCACGUGAAACCAGCUCCAUCACCUGACCCCCGCUGGCAGCUGACAAAGACUGAUAACCCCCUUAAACUGCGUCUUCGCCGUGUCUCUGUCAGCCGCGAUGAAGUUUCUUAAGGUUUGGACAUUGUUAAUUAUAUUGUUGCCUUGUUCUCUAUCCUCUUCACCCUAUCAACUUUACAAUUAUACCUGGCAAAUCAUUAACCAAGCAGGAGAUGUAGCUAACUCCACAUCUCAACUAUCAACGUCUACUCCCUGGCCCCCUCUCGAGGUAGACCUGUGUGCCCUUGCACUAGGAGCCGACCCACAGUGGGGCACCCCCGACCAUUUUUGGCCACAAAACAAGCCUAUAAAUACUGGAAAUCGAUACCUUCCCCAGUAUGGGUGUGGCAACACGGUUGACAGAACCCUUCUCAAUACGGCCCCAAUUUAUGUCUGCCCCGGACCCUCCCAUAGACCAAGAACAUCAAAUUACUGCGGUUAUUAUAACGAUUAUUUCUGUGCCUCCUGGGGAUGUGAAACUACUGGAGAUGGGCCCUGGCGCCCCUACUCUUCAUGGGACUAUAU